AGACAACGUGCCCCCCUCCCCAACACACCUCUACACAACUAGAGACUGUGUCAAGAUGACCUCUGAGGAAAUGACAGCGUCUGUUCUUGUCUCUGUGGUACAGGGUAAAGUGAUACCUGCUCAGUCAGCUGGAGAUGAAAAUAGUGAAAAUGCUUUGGACACCAGUGUUAUAAAAAGACACACUGCCAGUCCGGGAAGGCAAACCACACACGCUCUCUCAUACUUACACAGACUUGAAGAAGAAAGUCUUCAGGGCUCAGUGCCCAAAAUAUUCUCUCUGGCGAAAGAGCAACUGACUAAUGACAAUAGUAAUGAAAACUUCUGGGAGAGGAACAGCUCCAUCCCUGAUUCAGUGGAAUUUCUUAACAUUAACUGUAACAUUUUACAGAAAAACUACAAGAGCAAUAUCCCGUGCAGCCAGCUGUAUAAAUCUUGUGAUCCUUUAGCAGGGAGAGAGGCAUGCCUGGAAACUGGAAUUCCUGUUUCACUGGAAAGAGCCAUGCUUGCUGAAAUUCAGUUGAAAAUGAAUGGACCUUCGUUAAGAAGCCAGACAGCAGUAAAUAAACAUGACAGCAAUGAUGCUGAUAAAGUGGCCUUUUUUCACUUUCAUUGUGCUAGUGAAAGGAAUAUAUCAAAGGCUUUGUGCAGUUUACACAACGGCUUCAUUUUGGAUGACUGCUUGCAGCCAGUAAGCGUUGGCGAUGGUAACACCACUGGUUCCCCAGCCUGUACUUGCAGACUAAUGGAGUUGACAAAUAAUUGUGAGAAUGAAAAUGGGCAGCAGUUGUAUGAAAAUGCUUUAAGGGAUAAGUAUUUGUGUCUGGAAAGAGCACCACGAAAGGUUAAAGUGGCAUGCUCAGGUCACAACUUCUGUGGAAAUAACUUUACUGGAAGAAUGCCCUCAAAGCCCUUUCUGAGCCAUUUUGAAGACUGUAACGAUAACUGUGAAGAAGAAAUGGAAGAGGAUUUUUUUAGAAACAAAAAGGAACGUUCUACUUUAUUAAUAAGACGUUUCUGUAAAAAUGAUAAAGAGGUUAAAAAAUCAGUUUAUACUGGAACGAGAGCAAUUGUUAGGACUUUACCUUCAGGGCACAUAGGAACCGUUGCUUGGAAUUACAUUGAGCAAAGGAGAAACAACAGUGGCUUGAAGCUUUCUAGGAUUACAACUGAACAGCUAACUAUAAUUCAGUCCUUAAUAAAAUGGGAAUUUAAUUUCUUACUUGAGAAGUCUUUAUGGUAUGAGAUCUUCAGUACAGUGAGAGAAGAAGAAGGAGCAGAAUAUAUUUUGGAAUAUUUUCCUCAUCUUCUGAGAAAGCUCCCAACAUUUGCUGCAGACUGUAUAUGCAAAAGUGAUGGGUUUUGUGUAAAACCAUGUGUAACAGGUGCUUACUGCCAAUAUCGUGCCACUUUACAGAGGACUGCGCUCUCUAACUAUGUAACUGGUGCUUUACUAGAAGCAACUACAUCAUUAGGAGCAAGAAGUGGUCUUUUAAAUAUCUUCGGAGGAUCAACUGGAAGAACAAUGCUCAAAGAACGUCAAGCGUGUACAUCUAUGGCAGGCUCCAGCGUCCUUCCCUCCAAUGUGGCUGGUAUCAGCAAAGAGCUGAUCGAACUGCAGCACCUCAUCCAGUUCCCGGAGGAGGUUGCCAGCAUUCUGACCGAGCAGGAGCAGGAGCUCUACCAGAAAGUCUUGCCCAUUGACUACCUCUGCUUUUUAACCAGGGAUUUGGGUAAUGCUGAAUGUCAAAGCAAGCUGCCAUCUCUUAAAGCUUCCAUAUCUGCUACUAUUCUUUCUUCCCCAAAUGGUGAACAUAAUGCUGUAGAAGAUCUUGUGACAAGGUUUAAUGAGGUGAGCUCGUGGGUUACCUGGCUGAUCCUGACUGCAGGUUCUAUGGAGGAGAAACGAGAAGUCUUUUCAUAUUUAGUACAUGUGGCAAAAUGCUGCUGGAAUAUGGGCAACUACAAUGCUGUAAUGGAAUUUCUGGCAGGGCUAAGGUCAAGAAAAGUUUUAAAAAUGUGGCAAUUUAUGGACCAGUCUGAUAUUGAAACCAUGCGAAGUCUGAAAGAUGCUAUGGCACAACAUGAGUCAUCAUCUGAAUACAGGAAAGUGGUCAACCGGGCACUCAAUAUUCCAGGCUGUAAAGUCGUUCCUUUCUGUGGUGUAUUUUUAAAAGAGCUUUGUGAAGUUUUGGAUGGAGCCUCAAGCCUCAUCAGACUCUGUCCACGAUAUAACUCCCAGGAUGAAACAUUAGAGUUUGUUUCAGAUUACAAUGGACAAGAUAAUUUCUUGCAACGAGUAGGCCAAGAUGGUUUAAAUAAUCCAGAAAAAGAAUCAACAGCAAACAAUAUCUUUCAAACUAUUCGGAGCUGCAAUCGCAGUUUGGAAUCUGAAGAGAGUGAAGAUAAUUUUAGUGAAGGGAGCAAUUCAAGAAAAAACUCUUUGAAGGACAAAACCCGGUACCAAUUUAUAAUUGGAGAUCUUUCAGAUUCUGAAAGUGAUAUAUUUGAGCAGUUGAAGGAAUGGGACACAAAUUCAGCAGAAGAGCAACAAAAGGCUUUCUGCCAUGGGAUAGAACUCAUUCCCUGGUACGUGUUAUCUAUCAGGGCUGAUGUCCAUCAGUUCAUGCAACAAGGGGCAACCGUCAUUCAUUAUGACCAGGAGACACAUCUCUCAGUGCGUUGCUUUCUUCAACUUCAGCCUGACAAUAGUACUUUGACUUGGACAAAACCCACAACGGUUUGCCCUGCAAAUGCUAAGGCAAAACUGAGUGUGCUGGGUAAUACUGCCGAGCUUGGUAAAUACCAGUUUCUUGGUAAUACUGGACUGGUGGAAGGUUUUUUGGACUUGUUUUCAGCGAAGGCUGUAUAUAUGGGACACUCUGGCAUUGAUAUGCACACUGUGUGUGUUCAAAAUAAACUUUGUAAUAUGUCCCUUGAAGAAAAUGGUAUAACACUACUUUAUGGACUUCAGACUACUGAUAAUAAGUUGCUGCACUUUGUUGCUCCAAAAUAUACUGCCAGAAUGCUGUAUGAUGGGUUGCUGGAAUUGACUAAAGCUGUAAGAAAAAUGAGAAGAUUCCCUGAUCAAAGACUACAGUGGCUACGGAAACAGUAUGUCAGCCUUUACCAGGAGGAUGGAAGGUUUGAAGGCCCAACCUUGGCUCAGGCUGUUGAACUGUUCGGAGGCAGGCGAUGGAGUGCAAGAAACACAAGCACAGGAACUCUCACCAAAAGCACCGAGAAACCUAGUGUACAGAGAAACAACACUCUGGGAAUAAGCGCAGCUAAGAAAAAGAAGAAAGUACUCAUGAGGGGUGAAAGUGGAGAGGCCGCUGAUGACGAAAUGGCAACACGGAAGGCAAAAAGCUGUAAGGAAUGUCGUAAUAGAAGUGGUUCAGAUCCUCAAGAUAUUGAUGAACAAGAUGAACCAGAUCAAAAUAUUAUUAUUAAUGCUUCUCCAUCUAAUAAUCUGCCAUCAAGAAGAGCUCACUCUCUGACAGCAUCUGGAUCCCCUAAUUUAGGAGCUACAACACCUUCACCAGCAAGACCAGUCUCCUCUCCUGUAAUGUCUUCAAGCAAGAGUCAGUCUAGCACAUGGAGCAGCAGUAGCUGGCAUGGCCGUGUUAAAGGAGGAAUGAAGGGGUUUCAGAACUUCAUGGUGUCUGAUAGUAACAUGACUUUUGUGGAAUUUGUAGAGCUCUUCAAAUCUUUCAGUGUUCGUAGCCGCAAGGAUCUUAAAGACCUCUUCGAUGUCUAUGCUGUCCCUUGCAAUCGAUCCGGUUUAGAGCCUGCUCCACUUUAUACUAAUUUGAAGAUCGAUGAAAAUAGCAGUGGAUUCCAGCCUGAUUUAGAUUUGUUGACUAGGAAUGUUUCAGACCUUGGUUUGUUCAUUAAGAGCAGACAGCAGCUCUCAGAUAACCAAAGGCAAAUAUCUGAUGCUAUUGCUGCUGCCAGUAUCGUAACCAAUGGUACUGGAGUUGAAAGCACAUCGCUGGGAAUAUUUGGAGUGGGAAUCCAGCAGCUAAACGACUUUCUAGUGAAUUGCCAAGGAGAACACUGCACCUAUGAUGAAAUCCUCAGUAUUAUCCAGAAAUUUGAACCCAGUGUGAAUAUGUGCCAGCAGGGGCUGCUAUCUUUUGAAGGAUUUGCAAGAUUUUUGAUGGAUAAAGACAACUUUGCCUCCAAAAACGAUGAGUCACAAGAGAAUGCUGAGGACUUGCAGUUUCCACUGUCGUAUUACUACAUCGAAUCUUCACACAAUACUUACCUUACUGGCCAUCAGCUUAAAGGGGAGUCCUCAGUAGAGCUCUACAGCCAGGUUCUUUUACAAGGCUGCAGAAGUGUAGAAUUAGACUGCUGGGACGGUGAUGAUGGGAUGCCUAUCAUUUAUCAUGGGCACACCCUUACUACUAAGAUCUCUUUUAAGGAGGUAGUUGAAGCUAUUGAUCGCAAUGCAUUUAUCACCUCUGACAUGCCAAUUAUCAUAUCAAUAGAAAACCACUGUUCAUUGCCUCAGCAGCGCAAGAUGGCUGAAAUUUUCAAGAAUGUAUUUGGAGAUAAGCUGGUAACGAAGUUUUUAUUUGAGAGUGACUUUUCUGAUGAUCCCAUGCUUCCUUCACCUGGCCAACUGAAAAGAAAAAUCCUGCUUAAAAACAAGAAGCUGAAAGCCCAUCAAACACCAGUGGAUAUAUUGAAACAAAAGGCUCACCAGCUGGCACAUAUGCAAGCACAGGCUAGCAAUGGUGCUAGCAACCCCACACCUACCAACGAAGAGGAAGAAGAUGAAGAGGAUGAAUAUGACUAUGACUAUGAAUCACUCUCUGAUGAUAACAUUCUUGAAGACCGACCUGAGAAUAAAUUAUCAAGUGAUAAACUGCAGUUUGAAUAUAAUGAAGAGACUGCCAAACGAAUAAAGAAGGCUGAUUGUGCUACUUACAAUAAUAAAGGAAAGGUGUAUGAUAUGGAGCUGGGUGAAGAAUUCUAUCUUCUGCAAAAUAAGAAGGAAAGCAGACAGAUAGCCCCAGAGCUAUCAGAUCUUGUCAUUUACUGUCAAGCUGUAAAGUUCCCUGGCUUGUCAACUCUAAACCCAUCUGGCUCUAGCAGAGGAAAAGAAAGAAAAAGCAGGAAGUCCAUUUUUGGCAACAAUCCUGGCAGGCUGAGCCCUGGGGAGUCAGCUGCUCUUGCCAAAGCAUCUGGAAAAGGUCCUUUUGAUGUGAUGCGGCAGACCUGGGAAGAUCCUUGCUCUCCUUACAACUCUCCAGCUUCUCUCAGUGCUAUCAUAAGGACGCCCAAGUGCUAUCAUAUCUCCUCCCUGAACGAGAACGCUGCCAAGCGGCUGUGCAGGCGGUACUCUCAGAAGCUGAUCCAGCACACCACCUGUCAGCUCCUGAGGACCUACCCCGCUGCCACGCGCAUUGACUCCUCAAAUCCCCAUCCACUCAUCUUCUGGCUCCAUGGCGUACAGCUCGUGGCUCUUAACUACCAAACAGAUGAUCUUCCUCUGCAACUUAAUGCAGCAAUGUUUGAGGCUAAUGGCGGCUGUGGAUAUGUUUUGAAACCUCCUGUUCUGUGGGAUAAAAAUUGUUCCAUGUACCAGCAGUUUUGUCCGUUAGAAAGAGAUCUUGACAAUAAGGAGCCAGCUAUAUAUUCUUUAACAAUUGUGUCUGGACAGAACGUCUGCCCUAGCAAUAGCACGGGCAGUCCGUGCAUUGAAAUCGAUGUGCUGGGGAUGCCUCUGGAUAGCUGCCAUUUCCGGACGAAGCCCAUUCAUCGCAACACUCUUAACCCUAUGUGGAAUGAACAGUUCCUUUUCCGGGUUCACUUCGAAGAUUUGGUCUUUCUUCGGUUUGCAGUUGUUGAAAACAACAGCUCAGCUGUAACAGCUCAGAGAAUCAUUCCCCUAAAAGCUCUAAAAAGAGGCUAUAGACAUGUCCAGCUCCAUAACCUGCACAAUGAAGCUUUAGAAAUUUCUAGUUUGUUCAUAAACAGUCGGAGAAUGGAAGAAAGUCCCUCCGGAAACGCUCUGCCUGCAUCUAUGUUGUUUAGCAUGGGGGAAAGAAAAGCUGCUGUGACUUACAAAGUGACAAUUCAUGGAAUUCCAGGCCCGGAGCCUUUCACUGUUUUUAAUGUAAGUGGGGGGACCACGGCUGCACAGCUUCUUCAUCAGCUCUUGGCUACCACAAAAGGCACCGAGUCAUGUGCUGCAGACUAUUUUCUAAUGGAAGAGAAAAGUUUUAUAUCUAAAGAAAAGAGUGAAUGCAGAAAACCACCAUUCCAGAGAGUGAUUGGUCCUGAAGAAGGGCUAGUGCAGCUUUUGAACAGUUGGUUCCCAGAAGAAGGAUAUGUUGGACGGAUUAUCUUUAAAACCCGAGAGGAAAAUUUAAACGAGAGAAAUGUCUUUCAAGAAGCAAAGGAAGAUGCAGCCGGCAGCUCUGAGGAUGACAGUUUCUUUGUUCAGGUACACGAUGUCUCCCCAGAGCAACCGCGCACCGUCAUCAAAGCUCCCCGCUUUAGCACAGCUCAGGAUGUCAUACAGCAGACUCUUUGCAAAGCCAAAUACUCCUACAGCAUUUUGAGCAAUCCAAAUCCAAGUGAUUAUGUGCUCUUGGAAGAGGUGAUGAAAGAGCCGGCUAACAAAAAGUCCUCAACAUCUAAACCAUCUCAGAGGAUUCUCUCUGAUCAAGAAUGUGUGUUUCAGGCCCAAAGCAAGUGGAAGGGAGCAGGAAAAUUUAUCCUUAAACUCAAAGAACAGGUUCAGGCAGCACGAGAUGACAAAAGAAAAGGCAUUUCCUUUACCAGUGAACUCAAGAAGUUAACCAAGUCAAGUAAGCAGUAUCGGGGAUUCGUAUCACCACCUCUGCAGGUCUUGCCAGACAGUCCACAGAGCAAGGAUGAAAGGUCUGCGUGCAGUUUGACUUUUAGUGAGAUUAUGGAAUAAUAACCACCACCACCUCCAGUACAGUCUGUUCAGAACAACAAAUGAAAUACACAAGGUAAGACUGUUCCCUUUGUAUGAAUGGUACAUGUAACUUGUCCACCGAUGUACACUAACCAGAUAUUUGCAUAGUACUACUAUAGCAUUAGAGAAGUUACAGCUCAUCAUUGUAAAUGAAAAAGAAAUCUUUCUCAGUGUUGAUAAUCCUAUCUUGCAUAUGGCCAAUUUAGUAUUACAUUUUUCUUUCCACACACACCUAAUUAUUAAAGCAUUAUUUGACAUGCACUGUCACACUACUGCUAAAUCAUUAUAUUAACAGAAUUCAAAUAACAUUUUCAUUUGCAAAAUACUUCAAAUAUGAAGGGAUAAAUUUGAUACCUUAUUUCUAGGCUACUAUAAAAACCCUAAAUCAUCAAACCAAUCUGAAUUUAAAAAAAAAGCAAAGUAAAUUAUGGAAAGAUUCCAGUCACAUUCCCUCUUCAUGUGUUCUUUCCUUUUUUUUGAAAACUGGAAUUUACAUCACUGAAUCCCUCUGCAGUGCCUUUGAAGGAACCUGAACUGGUCAGCAAUUGUGUGCCCUGUGCUAUAGAUGCUUAAUCCAGGCAGUGCUGCUGGACUAACAUCCAGAAUCUGGGAAUCCUAAGUAGGAUGCCGUAGCUUGGAAAGAUGCCUGUCAGCUAUCGGAAGAUUCUCCUCUUCCCGUAUCUUCACAUCUGCAGAUUCUUGAUAGGCGGAUGAAGAAGGUUUCUUGGACUGUAUGUUGUAAACGAACGUGUCAUUGCCGUCUCCUUUUUAAACAAAAGAUAAUUUUAGCUAGUUGCCUGUAGGGAAACUGAAGGCAGAGAACCAGAGAGUGUUCUUUCAUGUGUAUUAUAUCAAAAUAAUGCACUUUUACCUGAAGAUUUCUGUUAAACACUGUGUUAAGCGAUUGUAAAGAGAUUUAAAUAUACUGUAACUUCCUUCGCAUACCUGUUUAACACAAAACGCUUGAAUUAUUUAUGGAUUAUCUACUUUAACAAAAUAAUGUACAAUAGCUAAAUACACCUAACUAGUAGUGAUACUUUGACAAGGAACAACAUUUUCUUCUUAUAAAUUCUAGUUUUCCAGGCUUGUGUUUAAAGAAAGAAUAUUUAUUAUCAUGUUCCAAAAUACAUGCUAUUGUAUAAUAUAUUUAUCAUAUACUACUUCUUAGAAAAUGCAGAAUUUUUACCUCUCUCUAGAGGAAAAAAUGUUUGAACUUUACUGGUUGUUUCUUUUCAGCACAAGGCGUUUAAUACCCAAAACUGACCAAACUCAAAACAAUGCAUUGAUAAAUGUAAUUAACAUUUCAAAUUUUUUAGUUCAAAAUACCUUUUUGCAUACAGUCAGGAAAUGUCUUUUUACUUGUCUGUUAAACCUGGAGAGUAUAAAGAACUCUUACACUAUAACUCCUGACAUUUUUGUUUACAUAGAAAUGCUGUUGUAAAGUUUUAUGUUUGCUGAAUUCAUCUUUUGAUAUUUAAGAAAGUUAGAUGUGGUUGUCUCUUUUUUCCUCCAUGGGAGUUACUAAUGUGCUUAGUUAGUUAAAACAAUCCAAACCAACUUACAGGGGCACAAAGGAAACAAUUGCUGAAAAAGGUCCUUCCCACAUGAAGUGUAUCUAUGUGUGGUGCAUAUUUAUAUUUAUGUGUGCUCUGCACACAUUUUGUCUCCCUAGAGCAAUCCUUAAACAAAGCAUUUCAGUUACCUGGUGUGACUAAAUCAAGAAAUCCAUUAAUACAGGGAGUGAUUCAUGCACUCAGUUAUUCCACAUCAACUUUAGCACUCCAGGACAAAACACUGCUGCUCUUAAGAGAGAAGCAGCAUCAGGCAAAGGCUAAAACAGCAGUGUAACUAAAACAAGGCCUACUUUUGAUAGUGCAAGGACAAAAGGGAAAGAAGUUACCAGCAGUAGU